CCCAGCAAGCUAAUUGCAGCUAGUGUUUGGAGUACGGACCCUAACAUCAGACAUACCACAGAAUCUGGUUUGAAAGCUUCAGAAAAUCAUUCAGCAUGAAGAUUAUUAUCCAACAAAAGAGCGCAACGAUAUAGCCUUGGUACAACUGGAUAAGCCUAUUCCAUUCGACAGCGAGACUCAAGCAGCUUGUAUACCCAUGCCAUCUGCUAAACUUCAGCAUUUUACAGAGUGCUACAUUGCAGGAUGGGGUACUCACGAUGAAUCUGAAGAACCAGUGAAUAUGAAGCAGGAAGCAAAAGUUGAACGUAUCGAUAUCAGUAUCUGCAAUGGCACCAGAUGGUAUAAAGGAGACUUAGGAGAUUCUAACCUGUGUGCCAGCCAAAAGACAGGGGCCACUUACAGCUGCCUGGGUGACAGUGCUGGGCCCCUGAUGUGCAAAAGGGAUAAAGCCAAAUUCUUCUCUGUGAUUGGGAUAGCAAGUUGGGGAUCAGGCUGCGGUGAAAUUUGCUCCCCUGGAGUUUACACCUCUCUGCAGAAAUAGUUAUCAUGGAUAAUUGAUAAGGUCAUCGGUGAGGAAAGAAAAAUGAAAUCCUAUACUAAUUAAAUCCAUUCCUAUGGAAACCCUCAAGAUAAUGUA